CUUUUCCACUAGCCGCUUGCUAUUGUUCAUCUACUGUCAACCAGCUGUUUCUGGCUCAACCUCGCAUUCCACGAAACACGGCUGUAAACAAUCCCUCAAUCUGCCUGUGUUUGUAAAACUCAUUCAAAACCACCCGCUACACUUGCUCCACCUUUCUCACACAUACAAAAGCUUCAUGCCAUACGACCGAAUAUUCUGUGGAAGGGAUAGGCGUAUUGAAAACCCGUUUCCUUUACCGUGAAUUCGUGGCCGCGGUCGAGCGCGGUUGAAGUUAACGGUGAAAAUGUUUGAUUUCCAUUCGUGAAGUUCAGUUGCGCCAGAGACCACGCUGACGUGUUGCGGACCUGUCAUCGGAAGCGCCGUUUUCCCCGUUUAGCCCUGCCUGCAUAAUAGUGCACACAGCAACAACCGGUGCCUUCGCGUGUGAUAAUCCCAAUCAUUGCAUUUAUCGCAUCACAGUGUUGUUACCCGAAAAAGGUUUGAUAAACCUAAAUACAGCUUGUGUCCUGCUAACAUCACACGUCUAGACCUGCAUCAAAAUGACGUCAGCAACGGGAGAAGUUUUCAUCGUAUCGGCCGCCAGAACUCCGAUCGGUAAUUUCAUGGGAACACUCGCCUCGCUUAGCGCCGCCGAUCUCGGUGCCGUAGCCGUAAAAGAAGUCCUACAACGUGCCGGUGUUGAUCCAGCCGACGUCAAUGAGGUCAUCCUGGGUCAGGCCCUUACAGCCGGCCAGGGACAGAAUCCGGCCCGCCAAGCCUCCAUGAAGGCCGGCGUACCGAAAGAAGUUCCGGCGUACAACAUCAACAUGCUGUGCGGAUCGGGCCUGAAAACGGUUGCCCUCGGUUACCAGGCCAUCCGUACCGGAGAUGCCAGCGUGAUCGUAGCCGGUGGACAAGAGUCGAUGUCAAAAGCACCGCACGUAAUGCAUCUGCGCGGUGGUACAAAGAUGGGCGAAGCCAAAAUGGUCGAUUCGAUGCUGAGCGAUGGUCUAACGGACGCAUUCCAUGACCUGCAUAUGGGUAUUACGGCGGAAAACUUGGCCACAGAGUAUGGCAUCGGUCGCGACGCGCAAGAUGCGUUCGCUGCCAAGAGUCAGCAGCUUGCGGAAGAAUCACAGAAGAAAGGAUACUUCACGGAGGAGAUCGUACCGGUGGAGGUUCCCGGGCGCAAAGAAACGAUCAAAUUUGCAGCGGACGAGUAUCCCAAGCAUGGCACUACGGUGGAAGGAUUGGCCAAGCUAAGACCAUGCUUCAUUAAGGACGGUACGGUAACGCCGGGAAAUGCGUCCGGUAUUAACGAUUCAGCCGCGGCCGUGCUGCUGAUGUCCGGGGAAGAGGUGAACAAGCGUGCCGCUAAACCGUUGGCAAAGAUUGUAGCUUACGCGCAGACGGGCAUCUGUCCGAAGACGAUGGGCGCGGGACCGAUCUCAGCCGUGCAAUCUGUGCUGCAAAAAGCCGGAUGGAAGCUGGACGAUGUCGAUCUGUUCGAAUUGAACGAAGCAUUCGCCGCUCAAGCGUUGGCUGUCAACAAAGGGCUCGGUGUGGAUCCGGCGAAGGUUAACGUGGGCGGUGGUGCCAUCGCUCUUGGUCACCCCAUCGGAGCAUCCGGUUGUCGUGUACUGGUAACGCUGCUCUACGCGCUGAAGCGAACGGGCGGCAAAAAGGGCAUUGCAUCGCUGUGUGUCGGUGGCGGUAUGGGUGUUGCGAUGGCCGUGGAAAUGGUGUGAGCUGUUGCCCUUUUUUUUUUGAGGACCCAUUAUCUGCAACCUUUGUGUACUUACUAUGCUUAUUACCGAACGAUAUGUAUUUUCCCCCGUACUCAUCAUUUGUAUUUUUAUCUUCUUUAUACGAAGAUUAAGGCAUAAGCAGGAAUGCAGCACAGCAAAAUCAUUCAGCGUGUGCGAAUGGACAAUAAACGUUAAAACAUCUUCACCGAAA